CCAGAGCAGAGCAUGUGAUCUUGCGUGUACGGUGGCGGAAGAGGGUCAAUACAGUUCGAGGGAAGCUAUACGUCACCUUUCUCGCUUUAGUUCCUGGUGUGGGUGACCAUGGCUCAGAAGACACCACCCCCCUUUGACCCCAGUCGCCCCCCUUUGAUUGAAGGCUUCACGCCAACCUCCUUCCAGUAUAGCGAAGAGGGAAUCGGAGACAAAUUCCUUCGCAAGAGCCGCGAGAACCCGCUGGUGCCCAUUGGCUGCCUUGGCACAGUAGGAGCCUUGACCUAUGGACUCGUUAACUUCAAGAGGGGCAACACCCGCCAAUCCCAGAUGAUGAUGCGGGCACGUAUUGCAGCUCAAGGCUUCACCAUUGCAGCCCUGUUGGUGGGUGUGGUGGUUACAGCACUGAAGCAAAAGAAGUGAAAUUACUGCCAGUGUGCAGUAGUAUGCAGCUAUCCUGUGUCUUGCAGGGUAGGAAUGAGUUCUCUUGCCCUGGAGAGCACCUUCACUGCAUCUUGCAGGGCAAUGAAUUGGUGCUACUUUUGGAGUGGCCAUCAGAUGCCAAAGGGUUCCAGACUUUUUAAAUAGCACUGUUAAUAUAUGCAAGUGAUUCAACCUUGUCCACUGGUGUAUAAGAUCCCGCCCCCCUAGUCCAUUGAUGCAACCUUGUGUUAGGGCCAGCAUUACUGACAAAACCAAUAUAUCAGAGUAGCUAGCAUUUGUGAAAGCUUAUUGGGAGGGGUGAUUUUAUUACUUUGGUGGCAAUUGCAUGGUUCCACACACAUUGUAAAUGCACACGCUAAUUAUAGGGCCUUUAAUGCUAGGGGGACAGUUCCACCAGCUCUUUCUUUCUAAGCUGUAUUCACUUCCAUGUAUAAGAAGAUAAACGGCAUCUCUUUCUUAAUCUAUUAACUGUAUUCCUGUUUCCACUUGCUGAACUGCAACAAAAUUGUAAGCUUUCUCUCUGUUCUUACCAGAUUCAGUCUCUGUAUAUGCUGCCCCUGUACAUGCUGGCAGCUGUUUCUUUUUUCUGAACAAAUCUGUGCCAGCUUUUAACCAGCUGCAGUGAAUUUCUAGGCUGCCGGAUUGAAAAGGAGGGGUAGGCAAAAGGAAAGUACUUCCAUGCGGUGUCAAAGGGUAAUGCAGCUCAAGCUUGCAUAAAGUUUGUGUUUGCCCAGUAGUUUGUGGCUGACAAACGGGUUGUGACAGUGAAGUUUUUACGAGGAGAUAAAAAAAAUCCUGAUGCAGAUUGCAGGGCGGGGGCAUGAUGGAAAUAAAACGGAUGUGCAGCUUAGAAUGCAUGGUGUAAGUGAAGAUGUAUGAAGUGGAGUGAGUGGGAAAAUGUUAUUUCCAAAGCACUGUUUCACAGACAAGUCAUAUCAUGAAUUAAUUAUAAUGGUGGCUGUUCAUA